GCACCUUUCUGCCUCCAGACACCUCGGGGUUAUUUAACAGAUACCUGAGAAAACAGUCCACUCAGAACUGCAUUAUUAAUAAAAACGACACAAUAACGCAGAAAUAGUCCCAUGAGCUCACAAAAUGAGUGUUCAGUGCAGAGGUGGGCUGCGUCCUGUAUAUGACAGUCACCAUAGAUACCUGCUGCCAAGGCUUCUCUUUCAACAGCACUGCCUGCUCAAUAAGGAAACUGACUGAGUGUCAAGUACAGAGUGUGUGUGAAAUCAAAACACAAGGAGGAAAAACAACCAUCACCAAGGAGACAAAAGUUUUGUAUAAGGGCAGGACAAUCUGCAGCUGAGUACACAGUAUCUCAACUCACUUUUGGAUAUGGCCAAGUGGAGAGGAGAAAGAAGAAGCCUUUCACCUUCAGGAUUCUGGAGUGGGCAGGAAUGGGACGCUGACCCGGGCCGUACAUCUUUCUGGCGCACUCUUAGGUCUCAAAGUCCCCUCGCUCUCUCGGAUCUUGACUUGUGGGAUAGCAGAUCUCUUCUUAAAGCUCGGAAAUCUCCAGCAUGGAGUUGUGUAGGCUUAUCUGGAUUGACUGACCGUUCAAAAAUCAGCACUAGUACUCUUGGCAGCCAGAAACGCAGGGGCUCCCCAGGCAUGACGAGAUGGUCAUCUACAUCCCGUCUGGCUCCAGAAGGAGCUCCGCGAUCACACUCUUCUGCUGAAGACUUUGAGCUCAGAGCUGCUCUGGAGGAAAGCAGCACGAGGAGAGCAGAGCUCAUCCAGAGGCUCCGAGAGACCAGAGGUCACCUGGAUGCUCAGACAGACCUUCUGAAAACCAAAGGAUCUCAGCUUCAACAAAGCCAGAGCAUCUCAAACGUCCUGGAGAUGAAGCACAAGCAGCUGUCUGAAGCAGUGAGUGCUCUUGAACAAGACAAGGAAGCUGCAGAGCUGAGCCGAUUUGAGGAAAGCCGCCGUCAAGGGGAAUUACAUGACAAAGUUCUGCAGCUUGAGUUGGACAUUUUGAAGAUGAGGUCUAACCUGGAGAGAAGAAGUCCACCCACUUCACCAAACCCUCUCAGCAGAACUCUGCCCGCUGCAAAAGACCAAACCCUCAGAGAGGGACAGAGGCAGGUUGAGAAAGAGAUAAAGAAGCUCAGAGAAGCUCUCAGGAAAGCAGAGGAGAGAACAGAUGACCUGGAGUAUGAGAAAGACAGCGCACUGAGACAGCUCCACUCCUCUGAAGAGAGGAAACAUGAGGCAAUUAACCAAGCAGAAGAGUUGGAACAAAGACUGAGCAGCUCCAUCCAGACCCAGAAAGAGCUAGAAGACCAGCUGAACGAGUCCCGCAGCCGUCUGGAACAAAUGGAGCUGGAAAAAGACCUGUUUUCCACUAAAACCCGGAGACUAGAAGACAAUCUGAAUGACUUAAAGGUCAAACUAUCCGGAGCUUUAAUGGACAAAGACCAUCUUGUCCAGGAGAAAGCAGAGCUGCAUCAGAGGAUCCAGGCUUUGGAUCUGCAGUUGCAGAGGGAGCAGAGGAGCAAACAGGGCUUCACUGAGCAGGUGUGUGAGCUCCAUCAUGAGCUGUCUCAAGCUAAGAGCCAGACCAACAAACAGAAGAUGGAAACCAUGCUGAUGAAGGAGGAGCUGCUUUCCAUUAAAGAGUUGAACGAAAAGCUGUCGUCUGAUCUGACCAAAGCUACAGAGAGACUACAGGUGACUCUUAACCAGCUACACGAGCUGGAGGCAGAGAAACUGAUCCAAACCAAUCAGAUUGCGGCACUGGAGACUGAGCGCUUGCAGCUGAUAGGAGAGAAAGGGGAACUGAGGAAAACAUUUGAUGAUGGGCUUCAUGAGAAGAUGAUAGAGCUGGGAGAGAGAUGCUGCCAGCACAGAGAAUCGCAGGACAGUCUAGAACAAGAAAAUCAGACUCUGCAAUUAAAAUGUCAAGACCUGGAAAAAAAAGUCCAAAUCUUGGAGGCGGGGUAUAAGCAUAAAGAGGAGGAGCAACAGCAAAUGAAGGCGGCGUUUGAGCGGGAAAAGGAGGAGUUGAGGAAACUGGCUGCUCAUUGGAACGAGAGGUGGCUGGAUGUGGCGAUGACGUUGUGCUCGACACAAGCAGAACUCGAUGAGCUCAAGAGUCAACAGCGAGUGAAUGACAAUGUGUCUCUUGAAGAUGUGGAUGGAGAGUUGGUGCAGGUGAAGGCGGAGCUGCUGAAGGUGAGGGACAUGCUGAAGAUCAGAGACACUGAGCUGGCGGAACAGCUACAGGAGCAGCAGUCUGCUCGCCUUCAGGUGUCACAACAGAGCGGUGAGGUCCAGAGGUUGGAGCAGCUUCUUGCAAAGAGAGAUCAAGAAAUUAAAGAAAAGGAUCAAGAUCUGAAGAACCUGGAGAUACAGAGGAUAACAGAGAAAGCAGAGGCUCAGAUCAAGUUAUCCGCCCUGGAGCAGGAGAUUUUUGGACAUAAAGGUCUGCUGUUGAGAAAGGAAGUGGUCAGUGAAUGCAGUCCUGAGGACUUAGAGUCACCGAAGCCCCUGCUAGAAGAAAGCAGAAGGCAAGCAGAGCUUGAGCAGGAGGAACCUCCCCAGCAGAGCAAACCAGAGAAAGAAUCUCCAUUAGAGACUAAAAAACAGAAACCUGCAGAUUCAGACCUUGUAGAUCCAAACCAACAGAGGAGGCUGGUCACAGAGCAGCUGAAAAGUCUGUUCAGAGAGAGAGAGCAGCGUGGAGAGAGGUCUCCAGUUUUCACAAGAAGAUCUGGUUUGGUCGACAGCAAGGUCCAAAAUGCUACAAGUACUAAGAACUGGAAUGCUGUUGACACAUUAAACCAUCAGGGAAGAAAAAUACAGAAACUGGAGCAAGAACUCCAGCAGGGGGCAGCAAAGAGGUCUUCAUCCCAGAUCUCAGUCUCUCAGGGGGGACCGGAAGGAGGGGAGGAGCAGAAACAGCCAACCAAUCUGAAGAACCACAGCAAGACAACCCAGAUGUCAGCAGUGAGAGAUGCAAUGGAAAAUCUAAAAGAGAGAAAUGAAAAUCUGCUUGAAGCCAAAGUAAUAUCUCCUGAACCAAACUUACAACAGGACAAAUUUCCCCUGGGCUGCAGUGAUGGAACAUUCCUUGCAAGGCACGUUGAGGUUUGUGACUCAGAUUUGGAAGAUACGGAAGGGUCCAUUUGAAGAGGAGAGGGGAGCCAGCGUCUGGAGUGAUGAGAAUCCAUACUGCACUGACAGUUUCUUUAUUAAUUGACAUUUAUUAUGAAUUACACAGUACAGCUAUUACAACUGAAACAAAUUUUCAUAAGCAUGUUGCCAAAUUUUCAGUGUUGUUGUUUAGCCUUCAAGUGUUUGAAACAACUUUGAGGUAAAUUUAAAUCCACGUCAUAUGAAACAGACUAUAGUUCUAUAUCUCAUUUUUCCAUAAAUACUGACUUUUUAUUGUCUUGAAUGCCAGUUACAUGUUAUUUUCUAAAGAGAUAUUUGAUUUCACUAAUACAUACUGAGUUUAUACAACAGUAACAUAAUAAUAAUUAAUUAUAUUAUUUAGUUCUAGAUAUUUAAAGAUAUUCACUCAAAAAAUGUCUUCUAACAUAGGAUACAGAAUGCCAGUAUAAUAAAGGUCAUUAAUAUCUGUUGAUGGUUGGGUCAGUCUUGAGUUCUUGUCAGCUUUUCAUUUUGCACUUAUGGUUGAAAAACAUGAU